GAAAGCUUUAUAAGAGAGUGUUGCCUGUACAAGUUGAUAGAUUCACAAGAGCUUCAACCUACAUGUAGUAUCAGAGUUACCAUCACAGACUUCACCAUGCAGUUCAACACGCUGUUCUUUGUGGUCCUCCUUUCUUUUGUCUGUUUUGCACUGACACAAGGGUCCUUUGACGACUGCUGUCUGAAGUAUGUGAAGGAAAUCAAACAACACAAUCUAAAGCAUGUAAAGAAUUACAAGCUUCAGAUGGCAGAUGGAGGCUGCAACCUCCCUGCUGUUAUCCUCACCAUGAAGAAGGGGCGUAAGCUUUGCGCAAACCCGAAGGAGAAGUGGGUCCAGGGACUACUGGUCAAGCUUGAUGAAAAUAAGAAAAGAAAGCACCAUCAACCACCUUCAAAAAGAGGCUGAGGGUGACUGUUUGCUACAAUCGACCCCGUUCAUCUUUUUUGCCUUCUGCAGUCUUAUUAUUGAGCAACAAGCAGUUUUAUGGUUUUAUGGCAUCUUGCUGGAAGGCAUUUGAAAAGGCUGGCCAAAGAAAAUACUGUAGUACUACUUUUGCUUUCACUCAGCACUAAGAUAAAGGUCAAAGGCUGGUCUAGUUGCAGUUCUAGAGGUUGGGACUCCUGAAGCUGACUGAUCACCACACAAUAUAUAUGAAUGCCUUUAAAUGCAUGGCUGCUUCAGAGGAAAUAUUUGUGACAGUUAUUGUGUCUUUUCAGACAUCAGAUAUUAAAUAAGCUGUUUGAUUAUGUAAAUGGUGAUGGAGAGUAAAUUAAUUAUCUAACACUGCUGUAUCUAUUACAUUUAUAAUAUUUACACUUAUCUUUCAAAUCUUUGUAUAUGUAAACUGUCGAGUUGUAAAUUACUUUUUGAAAUUUGUGUCAUUGAAAAGUAGAAACUCUGUCUUAAUUUCCAUUAAACAUUUUAUCUCUA